AUGGACCUGAGCAAAGGUACUGGACUUCACACGGACGACGUCGUGACGAACAAGCGCAACCGGGUGCAAUUCAACGGACCGUCAUCCGAUGUCAGCAGCGACAAGCUUCUCGCAGGCAUCAUCAAUUAUCCGGCAACAACGGAGGACGGGGACGCGGAACUGUGUAGUUUCAAAUUGCUAUCACAGUGA